AUAACCCCAACUUUCCCACUACGUACAAAAGAACUCAAAAAGCACAUAUAAGAAUUCAACACCUUUUCUGUGCCAUUUCAGUGACGCAUCCACAAAACACUGCUGAAAAUAAUGCCCCCCACCACACUCCUCCUCUCCCUCCUCCUCAGCUCCACCAUCGCCGCCGCAGCACCGCCGCCUCUCCGUCCGGAAUUCUACUCUGAAACUUGCCCGGAAGCCGAAUCCAUCGUCCGGGAUGUCCUCCGGCGGGCCAUGGCAAGAGAAACCAGAAGCGCUGCGUCCGUCAUGCGGUUGCAGUUCCAUGAUUGCUUAGUCAACGGGUGUGAUGGUUCGUUGUUGCUGGACGACACGGCGACGAUGGUGGGAGAGAAAUCAGCGUUGUCGAAUGUAGAUUCGUUGAGAUCAUAUGAAGUUAUUGAUGAGGCUAAGGAAGCAGUGGAGAGGGCCUGUCCGGGAGUUGUCUCUUGUGCUGAUGUUGUGAUCAUGGCUGCCAGAGAUGCUGUUCUUCUGAGUGGAGGACCAAACUGGGAAGUGAAACUAGGAAGGAAAGAUAGCCUGUCAGCCAGCCAAGAAGCUUCAAAUGACAUAAUGCCAAGCCCAAGAGCCAAUGCAACUUACCUCACAAACCUCUUCAGCAAAUUCAAUCUUACUAUCAAAGACUUAGUUGCACUUUCAGGCUCCCACUCCAUAGGCAAAGCAAGGUGCUUCUCUAUAGUCUUCAGGCUGUACAACCAGUCGGGCUCCGGCCGACCGGACCCCACCAUCGAGCCCAGAUAUAGGGAGAAGCUAAAUAAGCUCUGCCCACUUGGGGGGGACGAAGAAGUCACAGGAGACCUGGAUGCAACACCGGAGAGAUUCGACAAUCAGUACUACAAAGACUUGGUGAACGGGCGGGGAUUCUUGAAUUCUGAUCAAACGUUGUUUACGUCUCCUGAGACUAGAGAGUAUGUGAUGAUGUUCAGCAAGAAUCAGACUAAGUUCUUUAGAGCAUUUGUUGAAGGGAUGGUUAAGUUGGGGGAUUUGCAGUCGGGGCUCCCAGGAGAGAUCAGGAGGAACUGCAGGGUGGUUAAUAGCCGAUGGCCAGAGGUGCUGCUGGAGACUGGACGUUGAAUAGACAAUUGGUGUUAGUAUUGGAAACAUAGGUAAAUUAAACUAUGAUAAUAUAUGGAGAAAAUUUAUGGGCAUCUGCUUGUAGAUAGGUGAUUGAACAAGUUUUAAUCAAUCUAUGUCAAUAAUAUGAUGUAAAAGGUCUAUGAAAAUAUCUUAUACCUUAAGAUUUCA